AUGUGCCACUUGGGAGAUGAUGUAGUGGUUAAGAGGAGGACGCGACCCAAGCGGCACCGAGACCCCGGGCGGGGCGGGGCGGGGGCUCCUCCGCCUCCCUCAGGUCGCGUCCCGCAGCGUCCCCUGGCGGCGCAGAGCGGGCGGCGCAUAAGGCGCCAUCAGGGUCUCGGUACUCGGCCGUUGCUGCCUGUCCCUGCCCGGGCCCUGCCGGGAGUUGUGGCAGGCAGCGCCAGCCGCGCCGCCGCCGUCAGCCCCCACCGCGCAUGCGCCGUCGCCGCAUUCCUUCCCCGGGCUUCCCCUGCGUGGCCCGUCCCGGCGGAGCCGGGUGGGAUCCGCUGCCCGCGCUGCCCGCCGCUGCCCUUCUCCUGCGGGGCGGGACGGGGAGGGGAGGGGCGAGCGGUCGCCCCUGGGGGGCUGAGGUGGGAGGUGUGGGCUGAGGGAGGCCGAGGGGGCGCGGGCGCUGCCCGGCCCGGGGUGUGCAAGGGGAGGGGGCGGCAGCAGCGGCAGCCAUGUCGGGCGGCGGGCGGCGGUUCCUGCGGGCCGGGCUCCGCGGCUUGGCGGCGGGGGAGCCGUCGGCUCGUCCUCGGCCGGGGCGGCGGGGUGUCCAUGUUCCGCUGGCUGGAGGUGCUGGAGAAGGAGUUCGACAACCUUCGUGGACGUGACCUGCUGCUGGGAGAGAUCGACCCUGACCGCGACAUCACCUAUGAGGGGCGGCAGAAGAUGACGAGCCUCAGCUCCUGCCUCGCCCAGCUCUGCACAAGGCGCAGACCGUCCUCCCAGAUCAACCAUAAACUGGAGGCACAGUUAGUUGAUCUGAAGUCUGAACUGACGGAAACACAGGCAGAGAAAGCAGUGUUGGAAAAGGAAGUGCAUGAUCAGCUUCUGCAGCUCCAUGCUGUUCAGCUUCAGCUACAUGCCAAAACUGGCCCGAGUGUUGAUUCUGGGGCUAUUAAGGCAAAACUGUCUGUCCUUUCUGUGGAUGAAAUGGAGAGAGAACUUGAAGCUAACAAGAAAGAAAAAAGUGAAGAAGCUCAGCUGGAAGCUGAGGUGAAGUUGCUGAGGAAGGAAAAUGAAGCUCUUCGUCGACAUAUAGCUGUGCUUCAGGCUGAGGUUUAUGGAGCAAGAUUGGCAGCCAAGUUAGAUAAGGAACUGGCUGGAAGGGUCCAGCAGAUUCAGUUACUGGGUCGAGAUAUGAAGGGACCUGCUCAUGACAAGCUCUGGAAUCAGCUUGAAGCAGAAAUACACCUUCACCGCCACAAAACUGUUAUUAGAGCCUGCCGAGGUCGGAAUGAUCUGAAGCGACCAAUGCAAGCACCACCAGGACAUGAUCCUGAUGCCUUAAAGAAGAGUCAAGGUGUUGGUCCAAUCAGAAAAGUUUUGCUAGUUAAAGAAGACCGAGGACUAGGAAUUUCAAUCACAGGUGGGAAAGAGCAUGGUGUUCCAAUACUGAUCUCUGAAAUCCAUCCUGGACAACCUGCUGAUCGAUGUGGAGGACUGCAUGUUGGCGAUGCUAUUUUGGCUGUAAAUGGAAUAAAUCUAAGAGAUGCCAAACAUAAAGAAGCUGUAACUAUUCUUUCUCAACAGGUCAAGGGAGAGAUUGAAUUUGAAGUAGUUAUGUUGCUCCCAGUUGAUUCAGAUGAUGAAAACGUAGAAUAUGAGGACGAGAGUGGACACCGUUAUCGUUUGUAUCUUGAUGAAUUGGAAGAAGGUGCAAAUUCAAAUUCUAAUAGAAAGGAUGCAAAUGUGGAUGUCAAACCCUCACAAGUGUUUGAUAAGAAACCAAGUAUUGAUGCACAUGAAGGAGACCUGGGGAAUUCAGUUGAAGCUCCGUUAGAAGACACUGCACCCAAAUUAGCCCAUUCUGCUGAAUCUUUAUCCUAAAACUAUCCCAAACAAAAAUCACUGGACAGAUCCCGUCUUUGGGAACAAUUGAUAAUCAAUAUUGACUGCUCCAAGUUGCAUAUACUAGUAUAGGUUGUAAAAGGAUGAUUAAAUGUCAAAGGGAACUGUAUUACUGUUGCCUAGGAAAAAGGCAGUUACCUCAGGGCUUCAUUGUGAGCAAUCUUCUAAACGUGGAAACUGUCUUUGCGCGACACACGGUAAGUUACCUUAACACAUGGCAUGUGAAAUGAAUUUUCUUUUAAGAUAAGCCCAAAGCACGGGAUUUCUAGAAAGGGUAUGACCAUCAUCAACUAAUCUCAUUGAUGUCCCAAAAUAGAGUAAUAUGUGCCAUCUUCAUUUUGACCCUUGAUGUUUGAAAGGGACAAACGAUGUUCGGUUUUGGUUCAAGCAAGCUUAAGUGAAAGGAUGUAGGGGAAUUGUCCCUUGAAUUCUGAGUUUGUAUUAGGUUUUGAAUUGUAACUUUACAAUAAAGCUUUCUUAUUAUUUUUUUCCCCCCUUCAGAAAUCCAAAAAACAGGGCUUCAUUUGAGCAAAGACCAUCAAAACCCAAUGGAAUCGGGAGUAUUUCAUUUCUGACCUCAGCUAAUUGUGUUAAUUAUGAGUAGGUUUGGCAUUGUUUAAUGACUUGUCAUUUGAAACUUGCUCUAAAUAUACAGAGUGUAGGGGUUUAAGCAAAAGAGUGUUAAAAAAAAUUAUGUGGGCCCUUGGUAUUUUUUUUUUGAGCGUCAUCAAUUCAGUGUUCAUGGUUGAAUGGAUACGGUUACUGAUAAUAUGGAGUGGUUUGAGUAGGUCAUCAUUAGCUUAACCUUAUGAAAUGCUGAGUGCUUUUGAUGGUACUGAACAUAUUCAUUUCACACUAAAAUAAUCUUAAAUCAAAAUUGAGUGCACAGUACUUUACAGGAGGUGCUCAGAAUCAUAGUGUCUGGCCCUGUCUGUGUUUAUGUUAUGGCAGUCGUAUUAGCCUAUAAUUAUCUGACUGUUGAAACAAAAUGUUACUCCUUUUGUAAGAGCAGUGUAUCUUAAAAUAGUUUUUAAUUGGUGUACAUCUAAAGGCCUAUGGUUUUGGCUGCAAAUGGGAAGAUUGAUAUGGGUUCUUGGCCAGUUCCUCAUACUCCAUUUGCAGAGCUUUUGGUGACGUGCAGCACUGUCCACAUGCAGGCUCUGUGAUGUAAUCACAUUUAUUAUUUCAGCAUGCAGUGCUGACUUUCCUGUUACUGCUCUGCAGGCUGUGGAAUUGUAAUGUGAAAAGAUAAGAUUUCAUACAUUGAGAGAGGAACUAAUGUGAAAAGACAUCUUUGCAAGAGUGACUGGGGGAUGUACAUACGUAAGAAAAAAACCUCAAAGGCCUUUAGGGUAACAUCAACUAACCUUAUGUUCUAAAUUGUGAUGUAGAACACAGUUACUUGUCUCUCCUAGGAGCACUAUAUAUAUAUGUUUAUAGAAAAAGUCUAAAAAUGUAUAUACUUUAUUCAAAGAUUUUGCUAUUUAUAAGUCCCUUAACUUUGCUCUUUACAUGAUCAUUUUGUGUGUUUUGUGCGUGCAUGAGUGCCACUUAUUUAGUGGAAUCACAUGAUUUGGUUCAUUUUUUUUAUAACAGUCCUUGUCUUACAGCAUACUGUUGAAGGUUUUAAAUUGUCAGAACUGUACAGUUUUCACCAACAGAAACUAGUAUUUAAAAAUAAAGCAGUGUGAAGAAGAAACGGGUCCUCAGGCAUGUUUCUUUUUCUGAAGCUUCAGAAACUUGAGGAACAUUGAUUGCAUGUUAGCAGAUGAUCCACUGCUAGAAUUUUGCAUCCAGAUUUGUAUUUUUCCCACAGUUACUCAGCAGAAUGCACUCUUAAAAGUGGCCUGGACACUCAGUGUCAGUCAGUGAGGAUGCGUCAGAGCCACAUAGUGAUCUUCUUGUCUUUGAAAAUCAUUGCUGUAUGAAAUCUUGCUGCAGUUGUAAGAAUGAGGCUCUUCCAACUAGUUAGUAAAUUUUUAAAAAGCAUUAAAUUUGCCUGUACAGUUUCCCUUUAUUUUGGAGGGAAAGGUGAAAUUUUUAAUUAUUUGUUCUUCCCUCUGGCACACUUAAUUUUUCACUUGCUUUUGAAUCAAUUUUAACCUGAAGUGAGGAGAGUGUUUCUAGAGUUAUUUUCCUAACAUUUUUUGUCCACCAGUUUCUCAUGCUGCUGUGGCUAUUUUCUUUAUCUUCUGGGAUGUUGCUGGACUCUUCUCUACUCUUACCUUGUCUAUUUUAACCUAUAUGUGAGAUCAGAAAGGAGUAAUUGCUGAGGAGUAAAUGGAUCAGGUAGCAGAGUAAAUUUUCACCACUUUUCCUUGCCUGCCCAGUAUUUGUAAUCUUUGUUUAGAAAGCCUGAGAGGGUUGGGUUUACUCCGGACACUACAGGCUGUCUACAUGUAUUCCAUACUUCUAUCACUGAGUUACAUGCUGGUUUAUUGUAGUCAUGCUGAGAUACUUAGAGAUUAAUACCUAAAGUGAGAAAAUUUUGCAAGUGGAGAUUUCCAGACUCAGUAGGCAGAAUGUGUGUUCUCCCUUUCUGAAUAACUGAAGACUAGUCCUGCUGAUUCCCAGAGCUGAAUGAAUUAGACUUGGAAGCAUUUCCAAGGCAAGUCACUAUUCAAAGUUAGUUUUUAUUUUUUAAGUGUAAAAUGGUUUACUUGUGUAUAUCAUUUUACUUUAAAAAAAAAUUCUGAAGAUAAUUUUGCUUUUUUAAAAAAGUAGAUAAUUUGUUGCCUAUUAUAAAAAUCUUCAGUAAGACAAUUGAUAUUUUAAGCUAAAGGUGGACAGUGUUCGUUGGUGUCUGGGACCAAUAUUAAUCAAAAGCAUGUAAGUUAAGGAAGUGCUUUAUUGCAUAAAUUUACUCUGAUCAAA